AUGUUGCUAGGACGCACACUGCUGCAAGCGAAGACGCAGGACUCGACGGACGACAAGGAGACGCUAGAUACAUUAAAAAAGCAUGAUCGUUUUUUCUGUAACAUGAUGGAAAUUAUCCCUGCGGCAUUCUACUUCCCCACGGACGCCGAGGCUAAUUGGAAAAAGACUGCGCCUAAAAAGUAUCACAAGAAUGUGCAGGCUCGGAAACAACUAGAGUCGUCGAAGAAAAAUCAUUUAAAGCGUGCGAAAUUCUCUCCAGCCGCCCAACAAAGUAAUGAAGAGCGACAGAAGACCACAGCAGCGGCCGAACAGCAGGUAAAGCAACAACAGCAGGCACAGGUGACGCCGAUAGAGUCCAAUGCAGCCAAGGAGGUGGGUGGUCUCGAGGGACUACGCGCUCGUCUGGCAGUCAAGAUUCAGGCGAUGCGUGAGCAGCGAAAGGCAGAGGAAAAGACGGACAAAAAACGUCUGUCUCGGGCUGAGGUAUUGACUGAGCAGCGUGCACUGAAGAAGCGCAAGACGGCUACCAAUAAGAGCAAGGCCAAAGCAGAUACGCGUGACAAGGAGACUGUCAUUAAGUAUGAAGAUAAGGAAAAUGUGAAGCAUAAGGCGGAGAUGACAGACGAAGCAGCGUCCAUCUCAUACGGUAGUUUGCUGCUGGAUGAUGGCACGGAGAAGGACAAUAAGCCCAAGACUCGUCAUGGACAGAGUCUGCGCGGUAUUCAGAACCUGCUAAAGAAGGCCGAGCGUAAUGCUCAGCGCCUUAAAGAGCUGAAGAAGACAGAGGGGGGUGAAGAAAAGGUCAGGGCUAGAGGCUGGGACACGGCCCUCCAACAAGCAGCAGGAAAUGUCAUCAUGGAUGACCCGAAGCUGUUGCGAGCUAAGCUUAAGAAGAAGGAGAAGGCGAAGGCAAAGAGCUCAAAGGAAUGGAAGGAACGCACGGCAAAGCUAGAGGUGUCGAAAAAAGAGCGACAAAAGAAGAAAAUAGCCAAUGCUCAUAGCCGUGGGAAGAAGGACGUGGCCAAUAUUGGUGAAAGGAAGGGUCGAAAAGGACCGCGCGCUGGUUUUGAGGGCAAAAAGGGUGAGGCGUUUUUAAACACAGAUAAGAAGGGGAAUAAGCUUACCUAA